AUGAAAAAGCUGAAGGAUUUGCUUACCUUGACCGGUGUGGGAAAUGACAUAUGUGAGUCGAUCCCGGCCACUCACAUAUUCUCAGACAACGUGGUCUACAUUGAUUUGUACAGUGUGAUGCGAGGCAUCGUGGAUGACGAUGAGUGCGCGGCACCGGCGAUUUGUCGGGAUCUUAGCGCGAAUAUGUCGUGUUUUUUUGCUGGUGUUUUGAAAAUGAUGUCCCCACCGUUUUCUGUUAAGAAAAUCGUUUUUGUUCAUGAAGCGAGCGAGUCACUGGAGGCGACGCUGUUCAGCGUGGAGGUGUAUCGGCAGGUAAAGGGUUUUGUGCGAGGAAGCAAGGGUCACUGCCUUCUUUACGUUGCUCAGGAGAGUGCACUGAGGGGGGCCGCUGCAUUGAUGUUGAGAGGUGGGGAUGGGGAUCGAUCUGUGCUGUGCUCCAGCGACCCUUAUGCCCCCUUUUUGGGUUACGAUUGCGUUCGAAACUUGGAGAGGUGGUGUGAAGACUCAACUUGUUUGUUGGAGGUUAUUGCGUCCUCGCGUCUUUCAGCGGCACUGGGCCUGAACGAUUGUGCCUUGCUUCCCACCUUUACCGCUCUUCUGGAUACUGCGCACGCUGCAUUUUGCCCCAUAGACGUAGGCCACGUGGUCUCCCGUCUCAAUUACUGGGGUGGACUGCUUAGCCCGCAGCUUCUGGAAGAGAUUGACUUUGCUAAUGGGGACUCCAGCAGUGCACUUAUGAAGGUAUCCGUAACGCAGUGGGAGCUCUGUGGUGGACUAGAUGUGAUGCCUGCUGAGAUUGACGUGCAGGUUGAUGCUCCCCUACUCCCUCUUCUUCUUCGUCAGCAGUUUCGAAGUGUGGUUUACAUGAAAGACAGACGUCUACAUGAGUGUUUCUCUGGGGUGCGAAGAUCUAUUUUUUAUGCCCUGAUGCCGGGGAGGCUGAUACGGGAGGUAUACGACGACGGUAGCGAGCGCGUCGCGCAGAUUCCGGAGUGUGAUGAAGAACUAUCGAAGGUUUACUCUCAGCCAUUGGCAAGUACACCAACUCGGCUCCUGCAAGUCACGAGUCUAAGUGGAGAGGAGACUGCGAUAACAUCUGUGGAGUUGGACACUAUCCGGCGGUUGUCGGUCGAGUUGCAGUUUAGCGCCAUCGCACUUCUUUUGCUUCGUCGCAUCUCUCGCUUCUCGGAAGACACGUGUUUACGUUUUUGCCGUGCUUUGACCUUCACGCAAGCCAAGGAAGCGGCGGCGCCGGACAUGAGCAAGGCGUGUAGUGACUUUCAGGUUUGCUUAACGUACGUUACUUUGGUCAACGAGGUGCUUUGGCUUCCGCGGAAGCCACCUUGCUUGCCCGUUGGUCCUCUGGUGGACCUCGCCGCCCUGCUUGAACCCACGAAGAUUUCAUGUGGGUUGUCAGGGACGUCUGCUACAGAAGCGCAAAGAUGUGAGAAUUUUAAUGCACUUAGGAGGCUGCUACGCUGUUGA